AUGUCCGGCGAGGAAGACGCAACCGUCAGGGAGCCACUAGAUCUAAUUCGCUUGAGUCUCGACGAGAGAAUCUAUGUCAAGCUCAGAUCAGACCGCGAGCUUCGCGGCAAGCUUCACGCGUUUGAUCAGCAUUUGAAUAUGAUACUGGGUGAUGUUGAAGAAGUUAUCACAACAGUAGAAAUCGAUGACGAGACAUACGAAGAGAUUGUCCGGACGACAAAGCGCACGAUUCAGUUUCUAUUUGUGAGAGGAGAUGGAGUGAUAUUGGUGUCUCCACCACUGAGGACAGCCUGA